GCGCCCCAGCCAGGAGCUACAGUGUGGCCUGAGCAGGCCGAGCCAGCGCCAGUCUCGCCUACAUGACGCCGCCACACACUCUCACACAGCUGAUCUCAGGCGCUACUGCAACUGCUGCCAUUCGGGCCACACAGCAAGAAGCUGGAUAUUGUCUCUCACGCGACAGAGGAAAUGCAAGAGGAGAGGAGAAGAAUGACAACAUAAAGGAAAGAAGAAGGGAAGAUCGAGGUGAAGUUUGAAAAGAAUAAAGAAGAAGACAUGAAGCUGUGGAUAAAAUGAUGGGUACAGACUCAUAAAAACUUACACACAGGAUUAUGCAUUGAUGACUGGAGCUGUUACUAAGAGACCCUGAAUGGACAAGAGUGCAGCUGGAGGUCAGUCGCAGAGUGUUGCUACCAAGAAAAUUUAAUCUAGCCUCAUUUAAGGAAAGCUGAUGCAGAGUGACGGACAGUUUGGCUAAAAAAAAAAAAAGCCUCCAAGGACCAACUUUUUGUUAAACUCGACAGACUCCUGUUUUCCAGCAGAGUGAGAAACUAUAUUGUUAUCUCCAGCCAUCUGAGCUGGACUGCACUAGACACUGUGAGACCAAAGCCACUUGAACCACUCUGUCACUGCCAAGAUGAUCCAUAACACCCUGAAGUCCACCCAGCCAUCGGAGCGCAGCCCCAGGAGCACACACUCAGCCGCUCAAAGGAGGCUGUGGAGAUACUCGGGCUGCAGAGGGGCCGGCCAGGUGGAGAGCCAGCGGCGCAGUGUGUGUGUGCUAGCUGCAGACUUGAACGCUGGAGACGGUGGGGGAGGAAGAGGAGGAGGAGGUGGAGGUGUGAUGCACACUAUCCACGGGCUGUGUCACCUGUGCAUCGGAUGUAGGCUGCCACAGGUGACCAUCCUUCGAGGAAAGGAUGGAUAUGGCUUCACCAUCUGCUCUGAUUCCCCUGUGAGGGUACAGGCUGUUGAUCCAGGGGGUCCAGCAGAUCAGGCAGGUCUGCAACAGUUAGACACUCUCUUACAGCUAAAUGGUCAACCAGUAGAGCAGUGGAAAUGUGUGGACUUAGCCCAUGCUAUCAGAAACAGCGCCAAUGAAAUCACAGUGGUGGUGUGGCGCACCGGCCCCUCAGCCAAGCCUAAUUUCGAAGGCCUCAUUCACCGGCCCUCCUACAAGCCCUCCACCUCAAACUACGACACCCCCUCACCCCCUACCCGCAGGCGUGCACCGGACGUUGGCACCAGCAAAACCCCCCCAGCCGUGCCACCUCUCCCGGCCCACCACCGCGCCACUGCUGCCCGCAGGUUGCUGGUCAACGGCUCCGAAGCCGGAAACAGCGGAGGUGUGGGCAUGGGGACCCUGUCGUGGGGGGCCCAGGGAGGGUCGGCCGAGGAGCUGGACGGGAAGCCGCGACACCUCCACCACCCUCACACCGCCACGCUGAAGGGCACCAGGGUGAAGGCAUCCAAUGGGGACAACUACAUCAUCCUGGCGCCCAUCAACCCUGGAAGCCAGAUCUUGAGGCCUGUUUACCAAGACAACCAGGGAACAUUAGCAGCCAGAUUAUACCCCACACGACAGGCCUCUGGCCCACAACCCCAAGGUGGUGGUGGUGGUGGUGGUGCUUUUUCUGGAGGUAUGAGUGGUGGUGUUGGAGGAGGAGGUAGUAGUGGUGGUGGGGGUCUCUCCAGCCGCACUGGCUUCCUACGACGGUCUAACAACUCCAAGACGACAAAGACGUCAUCCACCUCCACUAACACUGGCGUACCCAACUACCAGCAGCAGAACGCCAACUUUGCCAAUUACCAGAACUGUACCAUCGUCCGCUCACAUACUCCACAUGCCAAUUAUGGAUAUGUCAAAGUGGCACCCAAGAUCCUUAUCUUCCCCAUUUUUGUUCAGCCUCUUGACCUGUGCAGCCGAACGCUCAUCAUAUCUGAGGAGAUGAUAUUACAUGAGAGCAAGCACCAUUCUCUCAAGGUCACAGUGUUUGUCUACAGCGACCUGAUGUUGGUGACAAGAGAGGAUGAGCCAGGCAGGUGUAACGUCCUCCAGAGUCCCCUGUACCUCAGGCACCUCAGGCUGCAGGACGAUUAUGCUGAAGAACUGAGGUUCUACCUGAUUCACAUGACCGAGAAGUGUGACUGCCUGCUCAGCCUGGAAGCCUAUUCAGCAGACCAGAAGCGGCGCGUGUGUCAGUGCCUGAAGGACAACAUUGACAAGCAGCUCCAGCUUCACAGGAGGGAGCCUCCCGUUCCGCAUUUUGAACAGAUGUUGGAGCCUAAGGUGGAUGCCUCUUCAUGUGAGCUGGGCGGAGUAGGAGGAGAUCGAGGAGGUGCGUGCCUCCACCUGCCGCCCCGCAGCUCAGAGGGCGAGGAGAGCAGCCUGUACCCUUCGAGUCCCUCAGAGCCCCCGAACCUGGGCAGUCCUCACCCCUCAGAUCCGCUCACCCCUUUGGAUGAGAUCUACAUGCCUCUUGGGGGCCUGGUGGGAUCUGAGGAGCGGCACAAGGUGCCCCCCACACCACCUCCUUCCACUGAGGGCGAGGACUACAAGAGCAUGGAGGGAAACGAGAUGGAGAUCUGGAGAGAGGUAAAGGAUGUGGAGAGCAGGAGAGAGGAAGAGGAGGAGGAAGAUGGGGCCAGCAGAAAGAGUACUUUAAGUGAGAGUGAAGAGAAAGAAGGAGGAGAUGAGGAGGGAGAGAUGAAUGAAGAAGAGGUCAACCUAAACCUGGUGGUGUCAAACACAGAUGAGGACAAUGCCUCAGAGCCGCCGGACACCAACGCUCCUCCCUCCUCCUCCUCGUCUUCGUUCGUCAUCCCCGAGCUGCGCCUCGAUCGCUCCUUCAGUGCUGAUGCCCUGUCCUCACCCAACACUGACGAGGAAGAGUACGAUGAAGAUGAGGACGAGGAGUCUGAAGAGGAGGAGGACGAAGAUGACAGCGAUGAUGCCUACCUGCAGCGCAGUGACAGCAAGCGCCGCAGCAUGGUGGAGGGCGCCACCUGUGAGAAACACGGAGGAGGGGGGCUCAGUGUACAGAAUUCCCUCCGCAGACGCACCCACAGCGAAGGGAGCCUCCUGCAGGACCCCCGCACGCCAUGUUUCACCUCUGACAACGCCAUCAACUGCCUAGAGGCGGGGGGAGCGCACCACAAGGGGGGCUGGACACUCCCAUCACCCAAAACCCUGAAGAAAGAGCUGACCAAGAAUGGAGGCUCCAUGCAUCAGCUGUGUAUGCUGUUCUCUGGGAGGAAGCUGAGCUCCGGAUCCCCCUGUAGCUGUGAGGUCGGCCCCGAAGGAACAAAGAAGAAGAAAUCCAAGAACCUGGCCAAAGACAUGAAGAAUCGGCUGGCUUUCCUGCGGAGGAGGAAUGAAUCCCCAGGAAGCAACCCAGCCGGCAAGCUAGACAAAUCUAUGAAGUCAGUCAAGCCCACCCCGGAGGAAGCACUGAAAUGGGGGGACUCGCUUGACAAGCUGCUGGCACACAAAUAUGGUCUGGCAGCGUUCAGAGCUUUCCUGCGCACGGAGUUCAGCGAAGAGAAUCUGGAAUUCUGGCUAGCAUGUGAGGAAUACAAGAAGAUCAAGUCACAGUCCAAGAUGGCCUCAAAAGCCAAGAAAAUCUUUGCAGAAUACAUCGCUAUCCAGUCUUGUAAAGAGGUAAACCUGGAUUCGUACACCAGGGAUCACACUAAGGACAACCUGCAGAAUGUGACGCGCUCCUGCUUUGACCUAGCGCAGAGGCGGAUAUACGGGCUGAUGGAGAAGGACUCAUACCCCCGCUUCCUCCGCUCUGAACUCUACUUGGACUUAAUCAACCAAAAAAAGCCCAGCUCCACUUCGACUUCAUCUUCGUCAUAAGAGACCAGAAAAAAGAUACAGAGAGAAGGAGAAGAGAAAGAUGAUGAUGAGAGAGCAGACUUGAAAAACGUACAGCGGGUGGGUGGGAUGUGAGGUUCUUUGUUUGCCUUUUUUUCAAUUUUUCUUUUUUGUGUCUGUCAUCUUGUCCACUAUCAUUUUUAUUUUUUAUGGUGUGAGAGGAUGCGGCAAAGCUAUGGCACUGCAAAGGAAUGUAGUUUACACAGUUACCAAGUGGAUGGAUGAAUGGAUGGACUGAUGAAUGGAUGGACUGAUGAAUGGAUGAAUGGAUGUUACUAAAAAUUGCAGAGGCCCACAAGCGAGGGCUGGAACAGGAGCUGGAUGCUUGUCUGAUCACUGUUGCUUUUUUAUGUGUGUGUGUGUGUGUGUGUGUGUGUGUGUUGGUCUCUUUUAAGAAAAAAAAAAAGACGUUUGUCUAUGUUUUUAUGUUUUUGUCCAGUUGUACUGGAGAAAAGGAGGGGUUGCUCAAAAAAAGAAAAGAAAAGAAAAGAAAAACCCCCCGCAGACAUGAAGACAGUCCGGUACUGUUUUGUCACUUUUUUCCUUGAUUUUCUUUUGAAACUCCAACUUUUAAUCCCCUCCUUUUCCUCCAUCACGUCCUCUGUGAAGCCACUUCAAAAGCUGUGGGUACGACACAAAGUCCUUUCUCUGCGUGCUUUUUUUCAUCAAGGAGAGAGAGAGAGAGAGAAAAAAACAAGAUGAUGUCUGAAUGAAAAGUAGCUGUUUCUCAUGCAUCUCUGUUAAACUCUACAUUCUCUCAAAGCUUCUAUAAACGGCUUUCCACUCAUUCAGUUCACCACCAAGACUGUGGAAAGAUACUGUGAGCGUUCAACAUGGACAAAGGUGGAGACAGAGACGGGCAAAGAACACAAACGUAUGAAUAACGCAUUGACUGGAGCUGUGAAGAAACACAGAUAUGUGUCAUUCUCACAUUAAAAGACAUUCAAAGCCAGAGGUGGAAAAAAAAGACGACUUGCUUCCUGUCUCCAAAGACUGUUUACAACAAGGAACGAAAACUCAAGAAGAAAAAGACAAAGUGUUUGAUGCAGCCAAACAACAUUUCCUUUAACAUUGUAGCUCAUUCUGGACUAAUCAUGGAAGCAUUCUCAGGACAUUGCUAUGACAGAUUCCGGCUUGGUUUAUCUUCUCAGCUGUUUUUUUUUUUUUUUUUUCCUACACUUUAGGGUUCCAACUUGCACUCCCUAGUUCUCCUGAGCAAUACACGUGAGGUUGCUCAUUUCAUAGUCCGAGGAAGAAAGAAAAACUGCUUCAUGUUGUACAAAGGUUUGCCUAUUUAUUUAGUUUAACUUGCUGGAUGCUUCUACAGACACCCUCACCUCCCUCCAAAGCACUCAGCUAAAAGCUCUCACUUUCCUCUUAACCACCAAACAGGUCCAAUGCUGUCCUGAACUUUAAGUGCAAUAUUUUUUUAUUUUAUUUUAUUAUUAUUUUUUGGUUUGUUCAUUUAUUUGGAUAAUUUUUAAUUUUUAUGGGGAAGACGAUCGGCUUGAGCUCUGUAUUAACUUUAUUUGUUAAGAAAAAAAACAAACAAACUUAGAGCUAUAAGGUUGACUUACAACGUAAAACUUUCAAGAACCAUAAGUAGUUUAAUGAAUUUUAAGCAAGUGAUUCUAACUGUGUGUUAACCCCCAGCAGCAGGCAGCUGGGGACGUUAUGGUUGUAAAUAUAAUUCUUUAAGAAAACUAUGUGAUAACACAUUAAAAACAAACAAAAAACAACAACAAAAAAAAACAAAAAACGAUAGGUCUCUGCUGGUGAUGAAUGUGGGACCCAGCUGUAUCUAUGUAAAUAUGAGAGACUCAAAACUAUAAGAUGACAUGUAUUAUUAAAAAAAAAAAUAGGUGAGCAAGAGCAGGUACAAUCUGCUCUUUACCCUGGUCAUACACUGCUUGUAAGGAGUUUUCUGAAAUGCAUUUUAUCAUUUUCACUGUUUACAAUUCAAAAUGCAUCUCCUAUGAUAGCAAGUGAAAACAGUAGAGUACAUUUGGUGUCAUUGCUAAUGAUAAAUAAACCAACCAACUGAUGAAGUA